AUGGAAACGCCGUCCUUACCAUCCUUGAGUCUCUAUAGCUCCAGCAGCAGCACCACCCGGUGGAAUGGCGCAGGUGUCGAGGACAUUUGUGAUCCUCUGACGUCGCAAUGGCUCCGGAGCAUCUACAAGGGUGCUUUCGAGACAAUUCUCGGCUCGUGGAUGGGAAAAUACAGUAAUCCAUUUGCAUUUGGGGACCACAGCUCUGCAGAGAUAUCGGUGAGCAUCUCUCACGUUUGCGAGCAGCUGGACAGCUGGAUGGACGAAGAGUACGACCUCGACUUCGGAUCUCCAUCGACUCGGCGAACGACCAGCACUCAGAUUGCACAGUCUCUCAACCUUACUAUACAUGCUUAUGCUGCACGAUGGCUGCCUGUGGUUGAGUCGACGGCCGAUGCUGAAAUAGUGCGAAAAUUGUGGAGAGCUGCCCGUCGCGACAUGUUGAAGGUCAUCAAUCGGCCUUCUUACCGGUCAAUGUGUACUUUGCUGCUCUUCGCACUGACGCCGAUACCCGUUGGCCUCGAAGAAGAGGAAGAGAUCGAGGGUAUCUCCGGUCAGGUUUGUGUUCAUGCUGCCCUCCAACAGAUUCAACAGCUCCGAGCUCGCCAACGAAGUUUGCAAUUCAACGGUGCUCAGGUCAACCUCACCGCCCCACCAACUCCAGGUCACGGCUCCAGCCCACGGACAAUGACAACUGCCAACUUCAUCACAUAUGAGAACAUUGCUUACUGGGCUGCGUUGACCUUCGACACGUCUGCGUCACUAACAUUGAGCUGUCGCCCACUUCUCUCCUCCGGGCUUUACGGCCUCGAAUCCGAGUCGUGGUGGCGCAUGGUCAAGACUUGUCGAGAGAUCUUUCAGCAAUCCUCCUCUCAUUGGUUGUUGGAGCCUGAGUUGACGGACGACAGAGCUAACCGAAUCAUCGCUGCUGCCUCAGCAUGGAAGCUGGUAGUUUGGAAGCUCACAGCCAACAUGAAAGAAGCCUUGCGCGAUGGACACGAUGAACCCGAGGUCAGUAGAGCCUUUUCCGCAGUCGUGGAAGGGAUCGACCUCUGGAACAGCACCUAUCGAGAUUUGCUGGCUGCGUGUCAAAGGCGCAUACUCUUUUUCCAACAAGAGACGAAGCUCAGGUGGUAUGUGUGCGUGAUGCACUACCACCUCUCCAUUUUGAUCGGCGUCGAUACACUUGCGGCGAGUGAGAGACAGGACUUGUUGGCCCAGUUCUCGGCCAAGCGAACGGAAGCCGAGAGCUGGGUUUUGAACUGCCUACAAUUCGGCUUGAACAACAAGUACACCAUUUCACGCGACGAAAUCAGCGCCACUGUCCCGAUCAUGGCUAUCGAUCCAUAUGCACAUCAUGUGGUUGCCGCAGUCAAGCUGAUGCAACAAGCUAUCGAUCGUGAUUUCGCUGCGCUAAAAAUUUCGGCGGACGCAUACAAUGAUUUGGUGUCAACACUGACACAGGCACUUCAACAUCUCCCAGCAAGUUCAAAAUCAGUCCAGCUUGCUAGGAGCAAAGCUCAGUCGCAGCCCCUGUACUCACAGACCUCCAUCGGCGGUUGA